UGGCAGCGAAGGGAGGCACGGUGUGGCCAGCCAGUGUUGGUUCCCACCUCGCCAUGGAAGGACGUUACCUUAAGAUACUCUCGGUAUUACUAAUUGGGAUGAUGUCCAUACAGUGCGAUCCCAACCCUGCCCACCAGCCCAGAGUCCACAUCAACACCCACCAGCCCAGAGUCCACAUCAACGCCCACCAGCCCAGAAGCUACAUCAACGCUCGCCAGUCCAGAGGCCACAUCAACGCCCACCAGCCCAGAGGCCGCAUCAACGCCCACCAGUCCAGAGGCCACAUCAACGCCCACCAGCCCAGAGGCCGCAUCAACGCCCACCAGCCCAGGGUCCACAUCAACGCCCACCGGCCCAGAAGCUACAUCAACGCUCGCCAGUCCAGAGGCCACAUCAACGCCCACCAGGACACAGGCCACAUCAACGCCCACCAGCCCAGAGGCCACAUCAACGCCCACCACGCAACAGGCCAUAUCAACGCCCACCAGGCGAGAGGUCACAUCAAUGUCCACCAACCCAGAGGCCACAUCAACACCCACAAGGCGAGAGGCUACAUCAACACCCACCGUCGAGCCAGUCUUCAUGACGUGCCAACGCCAGAGGAAUUGUCCCCAGACAUUCUCAAAGUCGCUGAAGACAGACACAGGACAAGGCUGGGUAAAUCAGCAAGGUUCGUGGUGAACACCUCAGUGCCGUUCAGUGUGGCGCCGCAGCCCGUGCAAGACACGCCCGAAGUUGCCAUGGCCAGAGAACACUUCCUGAGGACCUUUCAGAGGAUCCAAGAGGCCCUUCUCGCAGCAAACUCCCAUCACGUUGACACCUCCGUCUUCGUCGAUCUGCUGAAGAAUGAUUUUCAUGACCACUCUCAUGACCACGCACACGACCUGUCCUACAACCACACACACGACUUGUCCAACGACCACACACACGACCUGUCCAACGACCACACACACGAGUCCAAGAGUCACUUAGAUGACAUCCACGACCAUGUACAUAACCACGCCCACGACCACUUGCAUGACCACGCCCACGACCACCUACAUGAUAUCCACGACCACUUGCAUGACCACGCCCACGACCACUUGAAUGACCAUGACCACGCCCAUGACCACUUACGUGACAUCCACGACCACUUGCAUGACCACAUUCACGACCUCAUACAUGGCCACUUGCACAACCACGUCCACGACCUCAACCUCUCACUCCCGCUCUUCGCACCACAACCUCUGAGAAAACCGUUUCCAGACCCAGAGCUAGAGCCCGAGUAUUUCCUACCGUCGGUGAAGGUAGACCCUCUGCUGCUGAGCCGCCUCCACCCGUCCCUCCCUCAGGACGCCUUCAUCCAGGAGUUCCGCGCCCUCGCUGACGACGGCUUCGGCGGCACCUGCUACGAAUUCGUCUUGCUGGAACCCGAAAAUGAGUUGGACGAUCCAGACGCCUUCCAAGACCAAUCCUAUUUCCGCUGGCUGGAGACGAUCCUUCACCCAGGCCAGGGACAAAAUGAAACAGAAUCCCCGUCUCGGAAGGAACAGGACUCGGAGAUCCUCAUAACUGUUGGGAAUGAAGUAAUCAGAUCUAACAGCUCGUUGAGGGAUGGCAAAUCUGGCGGCGGCGUCCAGAGGCAGAAUGCCCCUGCCGCCGGUGGCGUGCCACCUCACUUCAGAGUCCCGGGGUCGUCCUUCCCCUCACUACUACAGAGAGGCUCCAGGGCCCCCUUUGGGAGGUAA